AUGGUCAAGCUCACCCUUGUCUCCCCCAAAGGCAACCAUGGUGUCCGCUUCUUUCCAUGCACUGGCUACCUCGGCUUGACACCCCUCAAGUUUGAAGGAGUCGUCCGUACUGAAAUCGAGCAGGAUGGAAAACAUCUCCCUGCAAAAGAUAUAACAGUCUUCGUUCGCUGUUACGAGUUUCGCCACGGUCGCUUGGGCACAGUACAGACAAAUAUCUUGGUAGAAAACUCCGUCACGUUAUGGAAGAAACCAGACGGCCAAGAUUGGGCAGAGAUUGGAAAUACGGAAUACCCAUUCCGACUUUCCAUGCCACUUCAUACUACUGGACCCAGCACAGCUCUUUACUUCCAAGAGUACCGAAUAUGUUGGCGAAUCGAGGCUGUCGUCAAUCACGCUCCCAUUCCGGGCGUCGGCUCUCGCUUGCUUAAACAUUACGAUCUCUAUUUGAUCCGCCAUGACCUACCAGGGAACGUCCCUCCUCCCUCUCCAGUAACCCCGCCCCCAACAUCUUAUCUAUCAUCCUUGAGCACCAAGUCUAGAGCACCUUCACUCCAUUAUCGUAUUUUACUCCCCACCAAACCUGUUGGCCCCCUCGAUAUCGUUUCUUUACAAGUCACUGUCCAACCACUCGAUCCAGCUGUAUCCAUUCGCAGUGCGACUGCCGUCGUUGAAAGAAGAAUACAAUUCUCCGAACUCCCAAUAUCAUCUCCUGGUACUUCAACAUCAUCAGCACCUACAUUAUCGCCACACUCAUACCUCAUAUCAAAUCAAGAAUCACACUCUCAUGAUCAUCAGUCUGUCGCAGCACACUCCAGCGACAUCAUGUCUGCAGCGUCAUCUUCCAAUGACCUUCACCACUUUUCCUCAUCCUCUUCCUUGGUGUCUGACACGCGGCCUCUUCUGCCACAACAUCAAUCAUCCGUGCCUAGUGCCUCGCCUUCGACUCACACAGGCGAACGGACAGCAACGCAUAUUUUUGCUCAUCUUGAAUCUUCCCAUCGCUUCGCUCGGGAUUCCACUGGGACCUGGCGUCAGACACUCACCUUUUCUUGGCCCGAUGCUAGUCCCAGUAGCCGAUGGACGGUUGGAGAAACUGUUCAGACCGACAUGGUUUCUAUCAAGUUUUUUAUUCGCGUAAAGUUGAUCGUCUCCUCCCCCAACUCGAGCGCUGAAACCGUCGAGCUCGACGACAAGGAAAUUAUCGUAGUCUCAACCAAUGAGGCUCAGCGCCAAUUGGCUCUUUCACGUUAUUCCGCCGCAAGCCAGUCCAAGUCUAGGUCCCCCAAACGAUCAAAGCGAGAUCGUCCAAACACAAAUACUCAACUACCAUCACCACCUCGUAGCCCUCCUUCAGUUGCCCAAGUACCAGAAAAGGCGCCCAACACGUCUAAAGGCGGCCAUGAGCCUGAAAUAUCGCUUGAGCAUAAGCACAAGUUUUCAUCCGCAUCGUCCCCACAACCCGGGAGCAAAUACAAGCUAAAGUCCACGCGCAGACCCCACACUUCUGCUGGGCCACGGGAUACGCCACACGGGUACGAUUCGCGAGGGUAUGAUCCGCUUCACGAUCAUAGCAAUCGACUCCCCGUCCCUCUACGCCCUGAAACUGCAUACAGUGGACCUGCGACCAAACGCGGUAGCCGUAGUGUUUUCAACCAGAAGUGGGUUGAAGCCCCGCGGCUUGGCCAUUCCAGUACAAGUGUGAGCUCGGAAGGAGCCCACUCGGCAAUACCUGAAAGUGCCGGUCGUGCAGAAGGCAGCUUGUUGUUCGAGAAAGUCGGACAAGUGGAAAUGCGUGCGUGGGAGGAAGAACUAGCAAGGAUAGAAUUGGUAAGCCGCAGAAGCACUGCGGAUAUGAUGGGUUUUGUGUCCCAGCGGAGGAAGAUGACGGGCCAACAAGUCAUACGGACAUAUGUGCACGCGGAGGGCUGA